AUGGCCUCCUCCGGCCGCGCCACCGUCUCCCGGGGCCUAUCAUACGGCGCUGCCGGAUGGCCCUCGUCAUCAUCAUCAUCCGCUUCAUCUCCGGGACUAGCAGGAGGACGAAUAGAAGGGGGACGAAGCAGGCGACUAACGCCCGACACGGGGUCGGAUGAGGAGGAGGAGGAGGAGGAGGAGGAGGAGUACGGGAAUGAAGACGACGACGACGAGGAAGGGAAUCGGAGUGAGAAGGAUGAAGAAGCCGGGGUUGGGUUUCGACGGGCUGGUGAUGGUGGGAAUCGGGAGGGUGGUGAGGAGGAUGAUGAGGGUUCGGAGGAUGAAGGUGACGGGCGUUCGCCCCCGCGACGACGACGGCGUCGGGGGUUGUAUACCGCCGAGGAAGAGGAGGCGGUUGUUCGAAAGUUUGAUCGGAAGCUGGUAGUGUUUAUGGCGCUGUUGUAUAUGCUUAGUUUCUUGGAUCGGUCAAACAUUGGCAACGCCCGCGUGGCCGGCAUGGACGACGACCUGCAAUCCAUCCCGCCCCGCGAAGGGUGGUACGAGUGGUCGCUAGGCGCCUUCUACCUGUCCUACAUCGCCUUCGAAUGGAUGGCACUGCUCUGGCGGGUCAUCCCGGCGCACAUCUACGUGGCCGCGCUGGUGUUCUCCUGGGGCGUGAUCGCGUCGCUGCAGGCCGUGGCCGUGAACUACCCAAUGCUGAUCUUCCUGCGCGCGCUGCUGGGCAUCGGCGAGGCGGGCUUUACGGGUGUGCCGUUCUAUCUGUCCUUUUUCUUCAAGCGCCACGAGUUGGCGUUUCGCACGGCCAUUUUUGUGUCGGCUGCUCCCUUGGCGACGACUUUUGCGUCCUCGCUGGCGUGGGUUAUUGUCAAGCUGGCCGAGUACAGUCCCAUCGCUCCGUGGCGGUUACUCUUUCUCGUCGAAGGGUUUCCCUCCGUCUUGGUAGCCGGCAUCGCAUGGACCGUCAUCCCCGACUCACCCCAAACCGCAUCCUACCUAACACCGCGAGAAAAGAAAGUCGCCUACCUCCGUCUCCAGUCUUCCGAAUCCCCUUCUAGCAAAACCACCACCACCUCCUCCUCCUCCUCCGCCUCCGACCCAGAUUCCUCCACCCUCACCUCCACCCUAGCCAUCCUCCUCGACCCCACCGCCUGGCUAACAGCCCUCAUCUUCUUCCUCACCAACACAGCCUACUCCUCCCUCCCCGUCUUCCUCCCCACCAUCCUACACACGAUGGGCCACUCCCCCUCCACCGCCCAACUCCUCUCCGCACCCCCCUACCUCCUCGCCUUCGCCACAGUCCUCCUCACCGCCCACAUCUCCGACAUCUCCCGCGUCCGCAGCCCCUGGCUCAUCGCCCACGCUCUCGCCUCCGCUGCGGGGUACACCGUCCUCGCGCUGGCCGAAGGCCCGCUAGGCUUGGAACCGGGGAGUUGGCUGCGGUAUCUAGCCGUGUACCCGGCCGCAAGCGGAUUCUUCAGCGUGGUGGUGUUGACGAUUGCGUGGAGCGUGAAUAACCAGCGCGGGGCGGCGAGAAGGGGCGCCGGGUUUGCGCUGUUGCAGGUGGUAGGGCAGUGCGGACCGCUGGUGGGCACGAGGUUGUACCCCGAUAGGGAUGGGCCGUAUUAUACGCGGGGGAUGGCGGUUUGUGCGGGGGCGAUGGGGGGGG